AUGGAUGUUCGAGGUCUUUCGCAAAGGGACAUCAACUUAAGUAAGUCACUUCUCUUUAGUUCAUGGCGAGCUUUUGAUUUCGACACUAUAGAUGGCAUGACAGGCCCGAAAAAUGUCCCAGAUGCGACUACGACGCUCCAUAUGAAAGAGACGUUAUAA